AUGGGGACCAUUUAUGAUCGACCUGUUUGCGAACAAGGACAACACGCAGCUACUAUGCUAUUUCUCGAGAUUUCCAGACCCAGCAGCCCUUGCAACAGAUGCCCUAAAAUGGAACUGGCCCAAAGAAAUGCUAUAGGCCAAUCCUCAAUGGAUACUCAUCCCCAAGAUACUAUCCAAAACAGUUGUGGACCAAGCCACCCUUUGCAUUAUUAUUCCAGGAUGGAAGACAGCACCUUGGUUCCCAUCAUUGAUGAAUGUACUGAUAGACUUCCCAGUGUUACUACCGUCUCACGAACUGCUGACCCCAUCACAAACCAAACAACCCAAUCCUCUGCAAAACCCAAAGUGGCAGAUGUUCGCCUGUCUAAUAUCAGGACUAGGCUACAAGCAAAAAAAUUUUUGGAGGAAGCUAUUAAAAAAGUACAAGCUACAACGAAUAAAUCUUCAAACAUCACAGUGGGAUCAGCGUUUAACAAGCGGUGUGUUUGGUGUAAUGAAAGGAACAUGGAUCACAUACAAGACCCUAUAGAGCAUGUAAUCGAAUUUUUAAACGAUAUGUGCAAUCAACAUAAAGCAUUCAAUACAAUAGCAUCUUACAGAUCAGCGAUAAGUGAAGCUUAUAGUUAUGUUGAUGGUUACCCAGAAUAUUUUUCAAAAAUCAUAAAUCCCAAAGAAACUAACAUUUCAAUAACACAUGGGGGAAAUAAACACAGGACAAAGAAGAUUUUUAUUGAUUACUAUGAGGACCGGGAUCUAUGCCCUGCCUCAACAAUAUUGAAAUUACUGGAUCGAACACAUGAUUGGAGGGAUACUCCUGAAAAACUAGAGUAUUUGUUUCUAACAUCCACUACAUCUUAUCGACCAGCAUCAUCUGACACCAUCGCAAGAUGGUUAAAACUUAUUUUGAUGCAAGCAGAUCCUACUGCAAAAGCCAAGGAUGUAAGAGUAUUAUCGGCCUUGCUCGCACAGGAUGCAGGAGCAGAUAUGAAUACCUUAUUAGCACUAGGCAACUGGACAAACUAUGCAGUUUAUCAAAGAUUUUACCAAAGAGGCAUUAGGAGGAUGCUAGAACGGAAUAAAGUUUCAUCUCAGAUCAAAAGUUAUACAAUAAAG